AUGAGAAACCUCGCACAGACUUCAGAGCGGACAGAAGGAGAGACACAGACACAUCAGACACAUCCACACCUUCUCUGGUCAACAACAUUUAUGGCAGACCUGCAGCUGUACCCGUACCAGGAGGAGGUGGCGCAGAGAGCUCUUCAGGGAGAAAACAUCAUCAUCUGGUUACCGACCGGUGGAGGCAAGACCCGGGCGGCCGUCUACGUGGCCAAAACCCACCUGGAGACCACCCCCGAGGCCAAAGUGGUCGUGCUCGUCAACAUGGUUCACCUGGUGGACCAGCACUACCAGAACGAAUUCUCCAAGUACCUGGAGCCCACGUACCAGGUGCUGCCGGUGACUGGGGACUCAGAGGAGAAGGGAUUUUUUGGGAAAGUCCUGAGGAAGUCUGCGAUGGUGAUCUGCACGGCUGAUCUGCUGUACAACGCCAUGAUGGACCCAGAGGAGGACAGACACGCCGAGCUGUCCGACAUCACGUUGCUGAUCAUCGACGAGUGCCACCACACCCACAAAGACACAACGUACAGUAAAAUCAUGCGGCGAUACGUGGAGAAGAAGCAGAAGAACGAGGGCCCUCUGCCUCAGGUGCUGGGCCUCACCGCCUCUCCAGGGACCGGGGGCAAGAAAGACCUGCCGGGGGCGAUAGAGCACGUUCUCACGAUUUGUGCGAACAUGGAUUCAGCCAUUGUCUCUACUCAAAACUACCGUCAAGAACUGCAGGAAAUUGUGCCGCGGCCUCGCAAAGAGUUUGACAUCACCGAAAAAAGACCAAAGGAUCCUUUUGGCGAUCACAUAAAGUGGAUGAUGUCUCAGAUCCAUGAGUUCAUGGAGCUGCCGCGGGACGUCCGGCUACGGGAGUGCGGCACGCAGGAGUACGAACAAGACGUGGUCCUCCUCGAGCAGAGAGGGAUGAGUGAAAAAAACAGAGUGAUGGCCCAGUGCGCUCUGCAUCUCCGAGAAUACAACGACGCUCUCCUCAUCAGCGACACUCUACGGAUGAUCGACGCCUACAACUCCCUGGACAACUUCUACAGCAGCAGUUCAGCCAUGGAUGCCACCGAUUUCUACUUGGUUGGACUUUUUGACGAGAACAAGGUAGAGCUGAGUGUCCUGGCCAAAGAUCCCAGUUGUGAGAAUCCCAAAAUGGCCAAACUGGAGACCACUCUUCAGAACCAGUUUACAGCCGAUAAGGGUUCGAAGGGAAUCCUCUUCACUAAAACCAGAAGAGGUGUCAAUUGUCUGCACGAGUGGAUUCUGGGUAAUGAAUUCCUGCAGGCGGCGGGUAUCAAAGCGGCCAAACUGACGGGAGCUGGAAGCGGCAAAAGUCACAUGACACAGAAGGAACAGAAAGAUAUCAUCCGUGAAUUCCGCACUAAUCACCUCAACCUCAUCAUCUCUACGACCGUCGCUGAGGAGGGUCUCGAUAUCCCAGAAUGCAAUGUUGUGGUGCGCUACGGACUGCUGACCAAUGACAUUGCGCAGCUGCAAGCGAGUGGCCGGGCUCGUGCUCAGAACAGCGUGUACUCGGUGGUGGCUCAGAGAGGAAGCCGAGAGCUGCGCAGAGAACACCUCAAUGAACAUCUGGAGGAGCUCACCAAGAAGGCUGUGGCCAAAGUGCAGGAGAUGAGCCGCUCUGACUUCAGUCUACAGAUAGGAAAGAUACAGAGGGAAGAACAGAUUCGCCGGCGAAUAUCAGAGCAAAGGAACCAUGCGAGGAGACACCGCUUCAGCGCCGCAGACGUUCAGCUCGUUUGCCGAAACUGCAUGAAGUCUGUGGCCCACGGGAACCAUGUGAGGCUGGUGGAGGGGGCGCACUACGUCAACAUCAACCCACUGUUCAAACAUGAGUACAAAGUGGGAGGGAUGGUUGACAUUCCGAGAGAUUUUGAAGACUGGGAGCCUGGAUAUAAGAUCAUCUGCAACAACGGCAACUGCAACAAGGACUGGGGGUUUGAGAUGAAAUACAAAGAAGUAGCCAUCUUGGGGACCCUUAAAAUCUCCAACUUCGCACUGCUGACUCCGGAGGGACAGAUCACAGUGAAGAAGUGGAAGGACGUUCCGUUUCCCGUGGACGACUUUGACUUUGUCGCAUACAGUCAGGACCACCACCCGGACCUGUUCGACUGA